UAAUGAUUUUAUGAGGUUGGAAAGGAAGGACCGCAUAGCACGCACGACACACUAUCCUGUUCUUUUGCCCUUUUCCUUCACUUUACUCUUUGCAUCUAAUUCUCUCUUUUUUACGUACAUGAAAUUAAUAAAGGAACUUUCGCGAGAGACCCAACACAAAAGCAAUCAAAUCAUAGAUUGAUUUGGCAACCCCAAUUCCCUUUUUUGAUAUUUUUGAAUUGAAGCAAUGGGUUUGGGCGCUUAGUGUAUUUUUGGACGCACGAAGAUGAUUCCUUGGGGUGGCCUCAGUUGCUGUUUGAGUGCCGCUGCUCUUUACCUUCUCGGCAGAAGCAGUGGCAGGGAUGCUGAAAUUCUUAAAUCCGUUACAAGGGUCAACCAGUUGAAGGAACUAGCUCAACUAUUAGAUGCAGAAAUAUUACCCUUGAUUGUUACAAUUUCUGGAAGAGUUAGCUCUGAAACCCCAAUUAACUGCGAGUUCAGUGGUUUAAGAGGUGUAAUAGUUGAAGAAACAGCAGAGCAACAUUUUCUUAAACACAAUGAUGCUGGUUCCUGGAUACAAGAUUCUGCUUUGAUGCUAUCAAUGAGUAAAGAGGUUCCUUGGUAUCUGGAUGAUGGGACUGAUCGUGUGCAUGUGGUUGGAGCUCGGGGUGCUGCUGGUUUUGCAUUACCUGUUGGAAGUGAGGCAUUUGAAGAGUCGGGUCGCUCACUUGUACGUGGAACUUUGGAUUAUCUGCAAGGUCUCAAGAUGCUUGGAGUCAAGAGAAUUGAACGGGUACUUCCAGUUGGAACUUCCUUGACUGUUGUUGGUGAGGCUGCUAAAGAUGAUGUUGGGGCUUUUCGAAUUCAGCGACCCCACAAAGGGCCAUUUUAUGUGUGGGCAUAUGUGCUGCUGUACAACUUGUUCUUCACACUUGACCAAUUGUCCUCUAUGCCGGCGACAGAUAGAGAAGGUUGUGAAGACUUUCCGUCAUUGAGUGUUGAGCAUACAUGGCAUACAUGGUAGUCUAACUAAAAAACAGUCAUAUGGAAUGAGGAAUUGUGCUCAAGAAUCCAGGAGCAACAAAUUGGUCAAUUAGAUAUUUUUUGCAUGCUUUGUCUGUGAGCAAUUCUAAAACCAACGGCCUUUACAGAUAUAUCAAGAUGGCAAUCCUUUUGGCAUCAAAACCUGUAAAUAUUUGUUAUCAGAACAAGUUAUGUUGCUUCAAUCUGUAGCGAAAUUGUAUAUUCUUAUAGGAUGUAUUCUACUUUUUGUUGACUGUUUCUCUUCUGAUAUACUCGUACCCUGUGGAUUUCUUUUUAGACUUGUAAGUGAAAACACUUUGUUAAUCGUACCAGGAGCUUAUUGUGUACUCGA